AUGGUGCUCAUCGACUUUCCGGGUUUGUUGACUGGAGGUAUGGAGGGUGGACUAUUUUCCUCGAACUCUCUUGCUCCACCGCCUCGUCGCUUUCCUCCGAAAAAGCCCUUCCUUCGCGCAGGCGAAUGGAAGAAACGGCGGCGUCUGCCGUCGACCGCCCCGCCGGCUGCCGCGUUUCCCCGGUCUUCCUCUGUCUCUUCAUCAUCUCUCGAUUGUUCUCACGUUGACACUUCUUCAUUUGAUCUCCUUCGGCCAGAAAACCCGGCAAAAACAUGGCGAUCCUCGAAACUGGUGCGGGCGGCGUUUGUGGCGCCGCACUCGCCGUUCCCCACCGGCGGUCUGCGCAGUUCGGCGCAGCAUCUUGUGCACCGGGCGCGCGCGCGCGAGAACUCUCCACUUUCCUCUCCACGGUACGACGUCUCCGCUCCAAAUCCGCUUCCUGCGGUGUCUUCCUUUCUGGCGCGUGUCUCGCCGCGUCGCAAACUCGGCGCUCCGUCGGAGUUGUCCCCGGGCGCGGACCGCGCCGCUCCCUCCCCGCGACCUGUCGUCUCGCCCUCUUCGCUGAACUCCUCGCCGUCCUCGAUUUUUUCCUCGGCAAACGUGACGGUUCCCCUCUCGCGGUACCGCAACAUCGGAAUCAUGGCGCACAUCGACGCGGGGAAGACGACGACGACGGAGCGCAUUCUGUUCUACACGGGAGUGUCUUGUCGCCUCGGCGAGGUCCACGACGGCGAGGCGACCAUGGACUUCAUGGCUCAGGAACGCGAGCGGGGCAUCACCAUCACCUCAGCUGCCACCACGUGCUACUGGGAAGGCAUGCGCAAAAACUUUGCGCCUCACCGGAUCAACAUCAUCGAUACGCCCGGGCACGUCGACUUCACAGUCGAAGUCGAGCGCUCGCUCCGCGUGCUCGACGGGGCGGUGGGCGUCUUUGACUCGGUGGCAGGCGUCGAGCCGCAGUCGGAGACCGUGUGGAGGCAAGGCAACAAGUUCGCGAUUCCCCGACUGGCGUACGUGAACAAGAUGGACCGCCUCGGUGCGGACUUUUGGGGAUGUGUCCGGCAGAUUCGGCGGCGUCUGGGGAGCAACGGGGUGCCCGUCCAGCUGCCAAUUGGGAAGGAAGUAAGUUUCCGCGGGGUCUUCGACCUCGUGCGCAUGCGGGCGAUCUACUGGGACGAAGACUCGCUCGGCUCCACCUUUGUGGAAACGGACGAAAUCCCUGAGGAAAUGAAGGCGGAGGUGACGAGACACCGCGCCCGGCUGCUCGAGAAGGCUGCGGAAGGGUCCGAGGAGCUUAUUGCCAAGUACCUGGAGACCGAGACGCUGUCUGAAGAGGAGAUUCGCUUGGGGCUGCGCCUGCAAACCCUAAAGAACCAGCUGGUGCCGAUCUUUUGCGGCAGUGCGUUCAAAAACAAGGGCGUGCAGGCAGUCCUCGACGGCAUUCUCGACUACCUCCCGUCCCCACUGGAGGUCCCGCAGCCCGCCGAAGCGAUCAGAAAGAUCCAUGAGGCGAUCCCGACAGCGAAGGCGAACCCUGCGGACGCGCCUCUCUCCGCGCUCGUCUUCAAGAUGGCCACGGAUCCGUUUGUCGGCGUGCAGAACUUUGUGCGCGUGUACACCGGGGAGCUCCGCCCUGGCAACGUCGUGAUGAACGCGCGAACGGGGAAAGAAGAGCGGAUUCAGCGGCUUGUUUUGAUUCACGCCAACGCGCGGAAAGACGUCCCGAGUCUCCGAGCCGGCGACAUCGGCGCGGUUCUCGGCCCGAAAGACUUCCUCACCGGGGACACCAUGUGUGAAAAGAAACACCCCGUCCACCUGGAGCCGAUCGAGUUCCCGGACCCAGUCAUCAGCUUGGCCGUCGAGGCAAAGUUGCGGGCUGAGCACGACAAAAUGACGUCUGCGCUCUCCAAGUUGUCGCGCGAAGACCCGUCGCUGAGUAUCACAGUCGACCGCGAGACCAAGCAACUGAUUCUCGGCGGCAUGGGCGAACUGCACUUGGAAAUCGUCCUGGACCGCCUCAAGCGGGAGUUCGGCGUGGAGGCGACCUCUGGUGCGCCGCAAGUCGCGUACAGGGAAACGAUCACGGGCUCCGGGACGGGGCGCGGCAAGUACAUCAAGCAGUCGGGGGGGCGUGGCCAGUACGGCGACGUGUGCCUCACGGUCGAACCGCUCGAACGUGGCUCGGGCAACCGUUUCGUGAACGCCAUUCGUGGCGCCGUGAUUCCCAAUGAAUUCAUCCCCGCCGUCGAAGCCGGGGUCAUGGAGCAGCUACAGAACGGCGUCCUCGCCGGCUACCCGCUCACAGAUGUCCAAGUCACCGUGUUCGACGGGACGUACCACGCCGUGGACAGCUCCGAGCUGGCCUUUCGCAUCGCGGCGUGUCUCGCGCUGAAAGACGCCGCGAAAAACGCCGGACUCGUCCUCCUCGAGCCCAUCAUGGCGCUCCACGUCAUCUCGCCACAGAGCUACGUGGGCAGCGUGAUUGGAGACCUAACGUCGCGGCGCGGCAUCGUCCAGCGCGUGUCCAGUCAGGAAUUCACCGGCACCGCAGGCGACGACGCGUACGACGGAGAAGGCGAGACCUCCCGCGGCGCGCGAGACGAAGGAGACGGAAUCACGGAGGUCGACGUCCUCGUGCCUCUCGCAGAAAUGUUCGGAUACACGACAGUGCUGCGCUCGCUCUCGCAGGGCAGAGCCACGUCCACGAUGCAACUCGCCAAGUACAUGCCCACGCCCAAGCACAUCGAAGAGCACCUCGUUGCGCAGCGAACCGGAGCAGCGACUGCCAGCAAAUAA